CCAUUAAGCUACCACAUCAAGGUUUGUGAAGCAUCUAAGUGAGAUACACAGUAGUUAGGUAGCAAGCAUAAGUGUCUAACCUUAGAAACAUAUCUGCUACAUAUCGUGUGCAUUUUGGAAUUGUGCCACUAAAAUUCUAUUCAUCUAUGGCUGCCUCAUCUUAUGCUAUGCAAUCAAUCCUUGCAAACCCUAUGAUCCGCAUUUCCAGCGGGUCUAGGGAGAACCAUUUUGGUGUUCCUGCUUAUCACAGGAGAAGGAAUGUUGGCCUGAGAGUUAGGUCCAUGGCUGAGGAAGAGCAACCAAGUCAGCCUGCGACCCCAGUUACACCACCACCAGCAGAACCCAAACCACAGCCAGUCUCUACUCCUUCACCAAAGGUGAGCACCAAGUUUUCUGAUGUGUUGGCGUUCAGUGGGCCAGCACCUGAGAGGAUCAAUGGAAGGUUGGCCAUGAUUGGGUUUGUGGGUGCAAUGGCAGUGGAAGUAGCCAAAGGGCAAGGUGUGUUUGAACAAAUAUCCAAUGGUGGUAUCCCAUGGUUCUUGGGAACAAGUGUGGUCCUUACCCUUGCUUCCUUGAUUCCACUCUUCCAAGGGAUCAGCGUGGAGUCUAAGUCCAAAGGGUUCAUGUCCUCAGAUGCAGAACUGUGGAAUGGGAGAUUUGCUAUGUUGGGUUUGGUUGCUCUGGCUUUUACUGAGUAUGUUAAGGGUGGUACCUUGGUGUAAUUCAGUCAUGAAUGCACACCAAAAUGGUCUUAAGUCAUUCGUGGUUAGAAAGACCAAUCUCUUUUUGUACUUGGUGCCUUUAUUUAAUCAGCAUAUAAAAUUAUCAUUUUUUUUUAUCAAAAAAUAUUAAUCAUUAGUAUUUUAUUAAUUUUUGUUAAUAAAAGAAAUUCAACUAGUAAUCUUUAUCUUC